CGAAGUCAGACGUGGACGUAGUGCGGAUUUCUCUAGAACAGGAAGUGAAAUGAAGAGCAACAAGAUGUCGAAGAUGGACAGCGAUUUUUAACCAGGUUUCAUUUUGAUUUCAUUCUCUGAGUGGCACAGCGUCACUGAUGUCUUCGAGGAAACAUGUCGAAACAGUUGUUGUUGAACGUCGAGGAUCCGCCGAGUUUCCGAACUGUUACAGCGAUGAGUAACGACACAGCGAACAUGUCCAUCGAUCAGGACGGAGAGUGGGAUAUCAGUUUGUUUGACGAAUUGGACGACUUGGGAGACGCUGAAGCAUUGCUGCAGGCUCUCGAGAAUGCUGGCUAUUUGGAAAAUGCUGCUGACCUGAACCUGGACGUGGAUCUGCCUGUGUGGAGCGCAGGUGUGUGGGGAGACACCAGCAGUACAGAUGGAGACGUUUCAGCAGACAUGCUCUCUCCAGCCCACACACUCAGUUCCGUCUCUUCACCCACGUCAACAGAGGCCCAUUCACCCUACUCUCUACUGGAUGAAGCUCUGUCUCCACUCUCCUCCCACUCUCAGCCUUCUCCACUCUCUGUCUGCUCCGAUUCCAGCAGCUCGACCGAACCACCCGCUGAGAAGAAGCCAGUCAAGAAAAGCAACCAAAUAAAAGCUAAACCUGUCCUGAGGCCCAUUCAUCUGAGCCCUAAAGUCUCCAUUCAGCCUAAACCACUGAUCACAACACUGCCCUUUGCUCAGCCUGCAGCUUCUCUUCACACCAAAACCAUCAUCAUCCAGCCGGUACAGACUACCAUCAUGCCAGUGGUCAAACCUGCACCCGUCACCAUCCAGCCGGCACCCCCUGCAGGAGGUCAUCCCAACAUGCUCUCUCAGCCCACCCAGGUUCUGCAGCUGCAGCCUCCGCAGGUUGUUCCUGCAGGUGCCCGGGUGCUCACCAUGCCCAGCCUGGCACAGGAAAGGCCUACAAUCCCCGCCCCCUCUGCCGCCACCACGCCUGUUGUCGGCAUUCCGCUCCGGAACCCUUCAUCAGACGAUGAUUCCAACGUGUCACGACGGCAGCAGCGGAUGAUCAAGAACAGAGAGUCUGCAUCUUUAUCACGGAAGAAGAAGAAGGAGUACUUGCUGACCUUGGAGGCCCGUCUGAAGGUUGCGCUGUCCGAGAACGAGCAGCUGAAAAGUGAAAACGGGACGUUAAAACGGCAACUGGAGGGUCUUUUAAAUGAAAACACCAUUCUGAAGGCAACUGCACCAAAGAGACGAGCCGUGUGUCUCAUGGUGGUCCUGGUUUUCUUGGCCAUCAACGUCGUGCCAUUGAGCAUUUUUAAGGGGGAUACAGACUCCAAAUUUGCACCAUCUUCUGGUCCCAUUAGCAGACAUCUGCUAAGCUUCUCGUCAAAGAUCGACACAGAUUCUUCUCAAAAACUGGAGGACAUGGAAUCGAUGCCAGAGGAGAAAGCUCUCAUGGUGGUUAAAAGAGAUCCUCUCUUCCUCAGAACUCCUCCUGUUGCUCCUCCCUGCCAGCCUUCAGUCAACAGGACCAAGUGUCUAAGGAUGGCCAGUGAGCUGAGGGGGUGGGUCCACCGGCACGAGGCAGAACGCACUAAGAACCAGCGUAACAGCAGCACCCACUCCAGAGCUCGAACCAUCACGAAAACGGGCAACAAGAAGGCUGAAGUGGCGCAGAUCGUGACGGUGCAGUACACGGACUCUCCUGAAAAGCUUUCAAGCAACGAGCUGCAGGUUUACUACGCCCCGCACCGCACCUACAGCCAUUUCUUUGAUGAGCUCAACCGAAGAGGAGACACCUUCUAUGUGAUUUCUUUCCGCAGAGAUCACCUCCUCCUUCCUGCCACCAACCACAACAGAGGAAGCAGACCAAAGAUGUCAGUGGUGCUUCCAGCGAUGAAUAUAAAUGAAAGUGUGAUUAAAGACAAAGAGUUUGAGGUGAUGAUGCAGAUCGACUGUGAGGUCAUGGACACCAGGAUCCUUCACAUCAAGUCCUCCAGUAUCCCACCCAUCCUGCGGGUCAACGAAACCGAUGCUGAUUCGUUCUACCACUCUGCCCCUUCUAACAGUCAUGCUUCACCACCUGUUGGCGUUCUCAUGGGCUCUGCUUGAUAGCAGAAGAGCUUUUUGGAAUUGGAGUACAAUUGUAUAAAAUCUAGGUAGAAUUUGAGAAAACCACUCUGAUUGAAAAAUGACAAGUCCAUUAUUUCCCCUGCCCCCUUACCGCCCCUCACCGCCCCCUCACUGCCCCCCUCACUGCCCCAACACUUAUUUUAGAUGCAUCUUAAAAUCUGUAAGCUGUAAUUAUUAAAACUCUCAGGAAAUAAUAUCUAGUUUGUGUUCAGGCUACUCUGUUUCUAGGAUCUUUGUGUAUUUGGAUCAAACAGAAUUUAUUUGAGCAUUUCUUUUUCUGCACUGUGCCUACGUGUACUCAUGAAGUUUUGUUUCCAAGCGUCCAGCAGGGCACAUAUGCAAACUUUUACAUUCUUCGAUUUUAUGUACUAAUUAAUAUAUUGUGUAAUUGUUACAAAGCAUUUAUUGAACUUCCCCAUUUCUGAUUUUCAAAUUGAAGCGAAACGGAAAUAAACACUGGACUAUGA